AUGGACAGAUGCAGAGCUCCGUGCUACGAGUACCCGUCGUGCCCCGACGUGCUGAAAGCCCCGCGGGAGGAGGUCGCCUACGUGACCUGCACCUACAGGAGCACCGGCAUCGAGCAGCCCGAUUUCCUGGCCACCGUGGACCUCAACCCGCGCUCCUGCCACUACGGCCAGGUGAUCCACCGGCUGCCCAUGCCCAACCUCAAGGACGAGCUGCACUGCGCGGGCUGGGGCCCCGCCUGCGGCUGCUUCGACGGCGGCGCCGCGGCCAAAAGGACCAAGCUGGUGCUGCCGUGCCUCAUCUCCUCCCGCAUCUACGUGGUGGAUGUGGGCUCCCAGUGCCGGGCGCCGCGGAUCUGCAAGAUGAUCGAGCCCGUGGAUGUGUUCUGGAAGUGCAACAAGGGCUACCUGUCCGUCACCCACCCCCUGCCCAACGGCGACGUCCUGGUGGCCAACAUGGGCGACGCCGCUGGCCACGGCAAAGGUGGCUUCGUGGUGCUGGACGGAGAGACCUUCGAGCUGAAGGGCAACUGGGAGAACGAGUGUGAGGCUCCCCCGACCGGGCACGACUUCUGGUACCAGGCCCGGCACAACGUCCUGGUCAGCUCGGCCGGGAUGGUGCCCAGAGUGGCCGGGCGCGGCUUCAACCCCGAUGACCUCAAGAAAGGGGUCUUCGGCCGCCGCCUGAACGUGUGGAACCUGUCGUGCCGCAGCCUGACGCAGUGCUUCGACCUGGGCGAGGAUUCCCUGCCCAUGACCGUGCGCUUCCUGCACAACCCCGAGGCCGCCGAGGGCUACGUGGGCUGUGCCCUGAGCGGGGCCAUUUUCCGCUUCUACAAAUCCUGCGAGAGAGACAACUGGGCCGUGGAGGAGGUGAUCCGGAUCCCGGCCAAGGACGUGUCGGGCUGGAUCAUGCCCAAGAUGCCGGCCUUCAUCGUGGACCUCGUCAUCAGCCAGGACGACCGGUUCCUGUACGUGUGCAAUUGGCUGCACGGGGACAUCCGGCAGUACGAGCUGUCGCGGAGCUGCAAGCCGCGGCUGGUGGGGCAGGUGUUCGUGGGGGGCAGCAUCCUGCGAGGGGGCCCCGUGACCGUGUGCAGGGACGAGGAGCUCAAGUGCCAGCCCGAGCCGCUGGUGGUCAAGUGCAAGCGCGUGUACGGCGGCCCCGCCGCGCUGCAGCUGAGCCUGGACGGGAAGCGGCUCUACGUGACCAAUUCCUUCUACAGCACCUGGGACCGGCAGUUCUACCCCAGCCUGAUCAAGGAGGGCUCGGUGAUGCUGCAGCUCGACGUGGACACGGACAAGGGCGGCCUGAGCGUCAACAAGAACUUCCUGGUGGAUUUCGGCAAGGAGCCCAACGGGCCGUGCCUGGCGCACCAGAUCCGCCUCCCUGGCGGCGAUGCCAAAUCCGUGACCCUGCCCUGA